GUGCAAGCAGUCAGGAAGUGUGUGAGUCCGGUCCCGAGUGAGAGAAAGAGAAAGAGCUAGAGAGAGAGAGAGAGAACAGUGCGGAUGGUGGUGAUACUGAUUGUGCUGCCAGGAACAUGCCACCGACACUCGCAACCGCAACCGGCACCGCAACGGUCAAACGAUGGCCCCGAGGGUCGGUUUGGAGGGUUACCUUCGCGCAAAGGUCCACUCUCGCCGGCGCACCAGCGUCGUGGCAGGAGAUCCAACACCACCCAGCAGCAGCAGCCCACGGCACCGGAAGGACGGCCGCGAAUGGUCCGGCGAGGUGUUGGGCAUCGGCGAAAGGCGGCAGGCUCGCAGGUUCCUUCAGGUGCAAGGACCCGCCCGAGGCUCGACGAUCUUAUCGAUGCGAACAACAACGAUCCGACGGCACCGGAUGGGCACGAGGAGGCUGGGUUGCGGUACCUUUCACGGGUAAUCAUUUCCGAUGACUUUUCACAGGUGGAGGUGCGGGCGGACGACGCCGAGGUCGAGGCGGUCAACCGCGAAGAGGAGAUCAUCAAGAAGCGCAAGACGGAGCUGACAACGACGCGUCAGAUCGAAACGCGCGUUAAGCGGCAGCUGGUGUUCGAGGAUGGCAAGGUGGUCGAGGACUCUGGCCCAAUCGUGUCGACCAACACGACCGAGGACACCGACAAACAGGAAACGGUACAAACCGAGCACCGUACUCUGGGCGACCCGGCGGAGGAGAGCAACCGGCUGGCCGGGACCUCGGACCCGCCCGGUCCACCGGAACCGGUACCGAUACCGGUGGCUAGUCUAAGCAGCAGCGCACCAAAGACGAUCGGCACCAUCGUGGCGCGAACCGAUGGCUUGCUUCGCAACAUCAAGGAGGAGGUGGUGGUGUCACGCGAGGAAACCAAGGAACGCACCGAGGUGUCCGACCAGAAGCACUUCGGCGACUUCACCGACGACGCGUACCUGAGGGCGAUCAACAGCGGAGUUGACGACAUCCGGGAGCUGCUGCUAUCCGAGAAGGCACGCACCGAACUGACACCGACCGGGCCGCAGUUGGUGCAGCAGUCAGUCAGCUCACGGAAGGUCAUCGACAGCGAGGACACCGACAUACGGCAGCUGGCUCGUCCGGACGGCACGCUGGUAACGGAGAAGCAGCAGACCCGCCAACACGAGGAACUGCACGACGACGAGCUGCCAGAACCGGAUGAGCCACGUCUACCAGGAUACGACCAGGUCGACAACGGCGAGCGGCUGAUCGAGCAGAAGUCAUCCGCCCAGCGGUACUACAAGCAGCGGGACGAACAGCAUGUGGAUCUGGUGGGACCGGGCGGUGAAGUGAUCGGACACGAGAUGCGGUACGCAGCCGAGCAGACGCAGAUGGAGAAGGAUGUUGGCAGAGGUCCGGCAGCUGGCGAACCCGGUAAUGGAGGUGGAGGGCUACUCUCAGACUGGGACAGCCUGUCAGAUAGACUGCGGAAGGCACGUCGAUUGGGUCGUCACCCGAAAGACCUGCCACUGGCGGUGGGUCAACCUGCAAACGUUCUGCCCGGUGCGAUCGCCCCGGUCCUGAACGAUCGGCUGGAUGCGCUCACGAAGAAGCCGCUCGACUUCGACAAGGAAGAGGAGACGCGCAAGCAGGAGACGAGCAAGUGGCUCGAGUCGCACUUUGGCAGUGAGUCACGAUCUUCGCGAGAUUCACGCGAGGAUCUUGAUGAGGAGUUGGUUGAGCCUACCAAGCGAACCUACUUCAACGUGACCAUCAAGUCGGGUGAUGCCCCACUCGGCAGUCCGGUUGGUGGUGAGAAGGAAGGUAUGGGAGGUCCAGGUAGGCCAGAGCGAGGUGAGAAGGCAUACCGAGGACGUGGUGGUGGUCCGACAACACCUCGCUACUACCAUGGUGUAGCAGAAUGGGCAGGUCGUCGAGGACUGUCAAGUUCCCGUGAAGACCUUCUACUGCUGGAAGGCUCAAGUCACGACGCCGGAUAUCGAUCGGGUGAACGGCUCCGAUCUGGAAGUGAAGACGCUCGACCUAUCCAGAGACAGUCAUCAGCAGCUCAACAGCUGCACCAGGGUAACCGACGUGACGAGCCUGUCCCGGUGUACGCCACAACGGCCAAUGCCUACCUGACAGCACCACGUCCGAAGGCUAGUGGUGAGCGGAACUUCGCCGCCCGUUACGGAAGGUCGGUGUCACCGGAUCGACACUCUGCUGGUGCACCAACUUCAACUGAUGGUCGACCAACCGUACCUCAGCGGCGCAAAGCUCUCGAGCGCAAACAGGUCGCCGUUCAGCAGCAACAACAGAUGUUGCUUCAACAGCAACAGCAGCAGCAGCAGCAGUACCACGGUAGACCCGUAGUGCAUGGAUAUGCGCCUCGCAGCCGUUCGGUGUCACCGAUUCAGAUCCCACCCGUGGUGAGCACGCUUCGAAAGCCGUAUCAGAAGACGCGCUUCAGCAGCAUCCAGGAUCUAAGUCACGCCAGUCAACCGAGAGCUGUCAGUAGGGCCCAGAGUACACCUCCGAAAGCGAACCGGGUUGGUUCCGCCAUCGGUAACUCCAUCCGAAAGCUGAUGGGCAAGAUUCGAUCCGCUAGUGCUGAACGCAAGCUUAAGCUGAAGGGUUCUAAGCAGCAGCAACAGCAACAACAGCAAAGAUCUUACUCUCCAACACCGUCAGCGCACAAGCGUCACUCGACCACCUACCAGCAGUACAACGUGAUUGACGGGCAUAUCAGCAGCAGUGGGUCGCCAUUGCUGAACCACCACCACAGCAACAUCCACAAUCCGUACGGGGGCGAGGAUCAGCGACUCGUAGGUCGUUCGCAGUCACACCUUGGACCUGGAGGCAGUCACAAAUCGACCGGCCCGGGUGGUAGACGUGAAAUCGAGCGUCCACGAGAGCGAAUUUCGAACAGCUACGAACGGCGUGGUUCCUCUGACAUCCUGUCCGAUAUGACCACCGGUAGUGGAGGGCCGACACCUCGCCAGAAGUACUAUCUCGGCGAGAACCCGUACGGUGGCAGCAUCUUCGGGAAGGAGAACAAGUACAAUCCGGCAGCAGCGGCUGCAGCUGCGGCUGCCGCAGCUGGUCGAGAUAGGCGUGAGGAACGCGUCUACGGUUCUUCCCAUACACGAUCCUUCAGCCAACCACCCCAGACGAACCCCCACACACUGGGCAGAUUCAGCAAAAGCACCAACCGACUUCCGACGGCUUCCCCCAGUGGCCAAUAUGACCAAGAUCCAUCCGGACCAGCAUACCAUCCAGGAAUCUACGGAGUCACCAGCUCCCAAACGUUGCCACGAAACGAUCACCAGCACCGGCUGCAGCGUUCGAAGCCACUCCACUCAUCCACCAUCAACGUGUCGAUCGUGAACACGGUCAACUCGGGCACUAAACCCCUGGCCAACACCGGACCAGUGAAGCCAGCGCGCACCUACAAAGCCCUUAACCGCAGUAAGUCGUUCAACGUGCAUGGUCUAAACGGCACCAACGAUCCGAGCCCAAUCUACCUGGAGAAGCUGGCCCGAGCUCCCGGACAAGCUUCCGGACCCGGUACAGCGCUCUUCUACCGGUCCAACUCACACCUCGACCAGUACGCCCCAGCCCGGGACUCGCCGCUUCAGCUCAAGAGUCCCUCCAUCGUGAAUCUGGUCAGCAGAAGUACGCGCGAUCUGACGCAAACCGGUGGCGAUUACCCCGAGAGGGCUAGUCCGGCUGAAGAGCCGGCACUUGACAAGAAGAAUGUCUUCCUGCGCAACCUGCAAAACCGAGCGCCGGAGUUGUACCGGACGUUGCACGGUGCCGGAAGUGGCGUAGAAUCACCCGCAGCAGCAACACCUUCCCGGGAGUAUCUCGGGACGUACAUCACGCGUGAGCAGGAGCGCGCCAUUGGCACACGCUCGCCGAUCACAAUCAACAAGGACACGGCUAGCAUUGUGCGGCGGGCCAGCUCCAGCACCGACGAUUAUCCGGAUGCGUACCGGCUGCCGGAACACCACGGUGCCAGCCGGAAACAGCACCUGUACAAGCCGCCGGGCAGGUCUCAGCCGGCGGGACGGUAUCAUCGGACCGAGACCGACCUGAAGUAUCAGGAUAUGCACGCCGGAGUGAACGGAGGUGCCGGUGGAGGUGGUGUCGUCAUCGAGCUGCGUAGCAACUCCUAACAGCUUCAGAUCGUUUUAAUCGCCUACUAAUAAAUCACCGUGCCACAGACCGGAAGAGCCGCGUGUGUUGAACGCCGCCUGUGGGUCGGGAGACAUUUUUUUAAUCGAUUAUUGUAACACACAC